AUGCUUCCGAUUCUGAAUGAGAAGGAUUUCUGGCUGUCAUAUAAUGCGGUGGAUAAUGAUGUCGAGUAUGAGAUGCCGAUGCUGGUGCUGCAGGGGAUAUUGUUCAUUUCCUCCGGGUUUGUUUCGUCGGAUACGAUUAAGAUGCUGGGCUUUGAGGAUGUACACCAGGCCAAACUCGCAUUUUAUCGUCGAUCAAAGCUUCUCUAUGACUUCAGCGUCGAAAAGUCUUGCAUCGCCAUAGCCCAAGCCUCCCUCCUCCUCGCGCACACACAUCUCAUUCCCCGCUGCAUAGCAGGCAACAAGCCCCUCGGCUCAAUCUGGCUCGGCAUCGCUAUAUCCUACGCCCGCGUCGCCAAAGCGCACUGCUACUCGUCCCUGCGCCCCAACAAAGACACCGAAGUAGCCAAGGUCCAAAAACUGCGCAACACCCUCAAGCGCCUCUGGUGGUGCUGCAUCAUCUGCGACCGUUUACUUCCUCUAACAUCCCGCCAGAGCAUAAAGAUCACACCCUCAAACUUUAGCUUUUCUUGCUCAAAGUUGGGAAGUGCGGAUUUAUGCGAUGAGCUGUAUAAUUCUGAUGUUUAUGACUCUACGACCAAGACGCUGCAUGCAGAGUUACUUUCGAGGCUGGUUGAUCUUUGUGUGGUGCUGACGGAUGUUUUGACGGUUACGUCGGUGCUGUAUAAUAAUCCGUCGUGGAUGUUAUCGGGGAGGAUGGAGGUUGGCAAGGAUGCGAGUUUGUGUCAGAUGGAGCUUUGUAGGUGGUAUAGUUCGUGGAGUGAGACCAAGACGACGUUGGAUGAGAGGAUGGCUGAGGAAAUUUCGCCGUCUUCGUCGAUUAUCUUGUUUAAGAAUCUCAUUGAGAUGUACUACCAUUCCGCAAGGCUAUCUGUUUGCCAUUACAACAUUCUUCGAUCAAGUUUAUUGCCGCCCACUCAAUCCGAUAUACAGCUCCGACGACAAAGCGAAGAUCUUCAAGGCUCAGCAUCACGCGUGACCGAGUGUCUGCUCGACAUCGGGUGCACGGCAUUUCCACUAGCACUGCAGAUGAUCGACGUUGAACUUCUCCGUCCCAAAAAGCCAGCAUCACCAGAAGAAGGCGUCAAGCUCACCCAAAAGGAACAGCACGUCGAGAAUAUCCUCAAACAGAUGAAGAGCUAUAAGAAGAAAUAUUACAUCACAGACUGGGUCAUGCGAGCUAUUCGACAUGUCGUUGAACUUGCCAGACAGCGAUCACCAGCACCGAUGUCCACCGACGACGACUCACCGACCAGUUGUCUCGAUAUGCUCAAAACACGACCUAGUUACUACUUACGACUCGUCAUGACUCUUGAUAUGAGUAUCAGCAACGGUAGACUCCCAGACGAAUGCGAUUUCCCCCCAUCUCUACGAAAGGCCGGUCGUGGGCUAAGCUCCAGAUCCCAAGCAAUAUCCAUGCCAACCGUCGACGAGCAAUCAAUGAAGCGUUUCUCCGCCAUGAACAAACAUCUCAUCCCCGACAAUCUGACAGAUUUUAUGGACCACAACAACAUCAUGACAACAAAUCUCCAAACUCAAGAUCUACGCAACAUCGACCAAGAAGCCUUCUUCAACAACAAACAGCCCUUUCCCGCUGAUCUAACAGCAGCGUUAUGCGAGAUUACGAAUAUUCCACCGCUGGAUUUUAGCGAUAUGUCCUUGAUGGAUUCAACACACUUUAAUGAUUUUGGUGGCGUUCCGUUUUGGCCUUAUGAUUUAUUGGGGUCUCCGCCUGAUCAGGCUGGUGGACAGGUCGAGGAGGUUGGGAUGGGUGAUAUGUUUACGGGACUGAUGGGCGAUAUGAAUGAUAAGACUUACGAAGGGAAUGGAAAGGAGAGUGCAGCUGAUGAUUUGGUCAUGAAUUCCUUUUGA